AGAGAUAUGCUGGCCAAGACACUAAAUGCCAUUGAAGUAGUGACCUUUGACUAUCCCUACAAUGCUGGAGGGAAGCGAAGGGCUCCGCCAAAGGCUGAAAAAUUGGUUGAUUUCCACUGUGACGUUGUCAAGAAGGUCAUGGCUACAUAUCCGGGGCAUCCACUAGCGUUAGCUGGGAAGUCCAUGGGGUCAAGGGUCUGUUGUAUGGUUGCCGGAGAAAAAGAUAUUUAUGCAUCAGCUGUAGUUUGUCUGGGAUAUCCAUUAAAGGGCAGGAAUGGUGCAUUGCGAGACGAUACUAUACUGCAACUUAUAGUCCAAGUUUUGUUUGUGCAGGUUGAGCGGCGAUGGGGAUGACGGAUGUUGAGCAGUGAAAGCCAAAUGAGUGUUUU